CAUUCCAAGUGUACCCAAAAAGGCAAAAACAAAACAGAGAAAAAGAGAUUGUCUAUCAGUUCCAUUAUCAAACUCUUCACUGCUCUCUCUUUCUCUCUCCGUGCUGCUGUGUUCAGCCAUGGAGGGAGUAGUAGUACAAAACCAAAUUCAACCACCACCACAACAACAACAACAACAACAACAAGGUCAACAACAAAACCAAAACCAAAACCAACAGCAACAGCAACAACAAGUGGAGAGGCUGAACCAAGCGGUGCAGCAGCAACUGAACCUGGACGCGGUGAAGACUCGAGCCGUCAGUCUCUACAAAGCCAUCGCUCGCAUCCUCGAUGACUUCGACGCCUACGCUCGCACCAACACCACUCCCAAAUGGCAAGAUAUUUUAGGGCAAUAUUCUAUGGUGAACCUUGAGCUUUUCAACAUUGUUGAUGACAUUAAGAAGGUUUCAAAGGCUUUUGUAGUACAUCCAAAGAAUGUAAAUGCAGAGAAUUCUACAAUACUACCAGUUAUGCUGUCUUCAAAACUGUUGCCUGAGAUGGAAGUGGAGGACAACUCCAAGAGGGAGCAGUUGCUUCUUGGGAUGCAAAACUUGCCAUUAUCUUCACAAAUUGAGAAGUUAAAGGCUAGAAUUGAUAUGAUUGGAGCAGCUUGUGAAAGUGCAGAAAAAAUGAUAGCUGACAUGCGUAAAGCCUAUAUGUUUGGAACCCGUCAAGGGCUGACAAUUGCCCCAACUUUGGAUAAGGGUCAGGCUGCAAAAAUUCAAGAACAAGAGAAUUUACUUCGAGCUGCUGUAAAUUAUGGCGAAGGAUUACGAAUACCAGGAGACCAGAGGCAGAUCACACCUGCACUUCCAUCGCAUUUGGUGGAUGUGAUCACUGUAGGUGAUGGAGUGCAAAGUUUUGCUGAUGCAUCUGGAAUGUAUUCAAAGAAUACCCCUGUGUCAUCAAAUAACAUCAGUGGACAGGGCACUUUGUUGCAGGCUUCUGCACCACAACUUAUUGGAAGAUCAGCUGCAUCUCCUAGUGCCACAACUGCUACUUCCUUUGAUAACACAACAACAUCUCCACUACAAUAUGCCAAUUCUCCUAGGUCAGGUACAAACAUGAUGAACACACCAUCUCCUCAGCAACAUACCCCUCAGCAGCUGCAGCAGCAACAACAACAGCAGCAGCAGCAGCAGCCAAGGCAGAAACUGAUGCAACUACCUCAGCAUCAGCAGCAGCAGCUCCUUGCACAGCAACAGCAACAGUUCAGGCAAUCUGCAAUGCAAGGACUGGGACAGAACCAGCUGCCUCAGCUGCAUGAUUUGCAGGGCCAGGCUCAGCAGAAGUUUCAGUCGUUACAUGGUCAACAUCAGAUGCAAUUUUCUCAGUCGAUGGGGCACCAGCAAUUUCAGGGUCGACAAUUGCCCUCAGGACAUGUUCAGCAUGGCAUUGGUCAAAGUCAACUCAACCAGGGAAAUCAGAUGAAUCGCCAUUUAAGCCAGUUUUCUAGUGCUGCUAAUAGUGCAUUAUUUAAUGCAGCUCAGGCGACAUCGAAUGCCCAAAUGAUUCCAAACAUGUCAGCCACGAUGCCAUCACAAUCACUUCUACCACGAAUGCAGUUUGGAUUAUCUGGUAGCAACCCCCAACGAAGUCAUGCUUCACAAAUUUUGGGUGAUCAGAUGUUCAAUAUGGGAGCAGCAAAUCCCAGUGGCAUGAUGCCUAUACAGCAACAGCAGCAACAACAGCAACAUGGUUCACAAAGUGCAUUCGGAAACAUGCCAGCAAAUGCUCAGAAUCUACAACCUGGUAUGGUAGGACUUCAGAACACGUCACAGAAUCUUCCCAAUUAUGCGCAACAGAGACAGCAAAAUCCACAGUGAUACAAUAAUGCCAUCUAAUUCUAAAUUACCAAAAACUCACCUGAUUCUAAUAUAUUAUUGCUUAUGAAUUUAUUUCCAAACCAUUUUUUGUAGAUAACAAUGCUGUUUGUACUGGAAAUUGAAUAUGUUGGGUAAUAUCUCAACUGUUUUGGUUGGACUUUGGUGUAGGUACAGAUUGGGUUGUCAUUUUCAUCUUUUUGCGUGAAAACUUGUACAUAUUGUCCAGUUUUUACUUUAUAGUUUAAAAAUAUUCUUUUCAAUGGCAUUGGAAAAAGUUUCCAUUUA